CACUUACUUCUUCUGUUCCCUAAUUCGGAUUAGAGGGAAGGGGGCGUCAUUCAUUAAUAACUAAUACACUCCAGAUUUUUUGGGGAAAGCGAAGGAGAAAGUGGGAAAUCAUGGCUCCGGCAUUUAGCGGCGAUGAGACUGCUCCUUUCUUUGGGUUCCUUGGCGCUGCUGCUGCUCUCGUUUUCUCCUGCAUGGGAGCUGCUUAUGGAACAGCCAAGAGCGGGGUUGGUGUGGCAUCAAUGGGUGUGAUGAGACCGGAGCUAGUGAUGAAAUCUAUUGUUCCGGUGGUUAUGGCAGGAGUUUUAGGUAUAUACGGUUUGAUUAUUGCUGUGAUCAUUAGUACAGGAAUUAAUCCCAAGGCUAAAUCCUAUUAUCUCUUCGACGGAUACGCUCACCUCUCUUCUGGUCUCGCUUGUGGUCUCGCUGGUCUUUCUGCUGGUAUGGCCAUUGGCGUCGUUGGGGAUGCUGGUGUUAGAGCUAAUGCACAGCAGCCAAAGCUUUUUGUUGGGAUGAUCCUCAUUCUCAUCUUUGCCGAAGCCUUGGCUCUCUAUGGCCUUAUUGUUGGGAUCAUACUUUCGUCCCGAGCUGGUCAGUCAAGAGCUGAGUAACAGAGGUUUUUCUGCUCAAGUGGUUGUGUGAUCCGUUCUGAUUCAUUAACAUAAGUUUAAGUUGCCAGUGUUUUCAUUUCAAGAAUCACGUCUCCAGUCUCCAGUGAGAUUUUUCUGCCUAAUUGGACUGGUUUAGUGCUACUGCUGAUGCAGUAAAAUGUAGAUUCAGAUGUCUCAUUGUUUUAUUAUUCAUGAUGUGUUCUGGAUUUAUUUGAAGUCUUUUGUAGGAAUAUGUUAUCCCUUUGGGCUUUUGUCAUGAGAGAGAAUUGUGCAGUAAAGGGCUUGGUAGUAUAGGCUUCGUUGUAUCCCAUGGUAACCUCGUGGAUGUGUUUGUUUAUAAUAUAGCCAGAAUUUUUUUUUUCUUUUUA